UGGUUGUUUAGCAGGCUUCCUGCUUCUGAUAUAGUUAAAAAAAAAAAAAAAUCUGUUACUUUUUGAAUCUUUGGCUAGCUGUUCUUCAAAUUCUUUUUUGACUUUCCUAAUUAUAUUUUUACACUUGUGGGCAGAUUCUCAACUCAUGUACAUUAUAGCUCCAUUGAAGUCAAGGGCUGACAGUUUACACCAGUUGAGGAGAUCUCUGAGUUAAAAAACUCCAGAAUGAAAACAAAAAAAACAGAGUUUAUAACAUAAAAGAGACAAGACAAGUGGAAGACAAGACAUGGCUAAGAAAGGAAGGGUGAGGAGAGAGGGUCGGUGAGGCUAAAGAAGGAAAUGCACCUAAAAGAACUGGUCUUGGAGGUGGUGCACUGACUUGACUGGGAGACUCUUCCAAGGUGACAGGGUAAAAGAGUCAAGGGUGAGUGGUUGGGGAGGAGUGUGGAGUGCAAGUAGAGGUGUUUGAGGAAAUGAGAGCAGAGAUGCAGGCAGGGAGAGUGAAGGUGCUGUAGUAAGAGACAGGAAGCUAGCUAAGGGAUGGAUUUGAGGAGAUGGGUGAUAAGUUUGGAGUGGCUGGAGAGGAGGAUGAUUUCAUUUGCAGUAUUUUCAAUGGAUUGAAGAUGGAAGGCUGUGAAGGAGGUUACAGUAAUCAUGGACACAUGACCAAACCAUGGGCAACAGCUUUAGUAAUGUGGGAGGGGAGUGAAAAGAAGGUAGAUAUCAGUGAUAUUAAAGAGGAAAAAGCAACAUGGUUUAGCAAGAGACUGAAUACCAGGAGAGAAGAACUGAAACAAACCACGCCACAUAUAUUAUAAAAAAAAUAUGAAAUUAGAGUUGGAAAUACUAUUACUUAGCAAUUUCACAUGUAGGUCUCAGAGUUCUUUCCAAAGGCGUGUGAUACUAUUUUCAUUUUACAGAGGGAAAAACAGACACAGAGCAGUGCAGUGACUUGCUCAAGGUCACAAAAUGAGCCAGUACAGGAAACAGGAGUAAAUCUAGGAAUUUACCUACUUCAUCUUCCUGGCAAUGAAGGAUUAUUCCCUACACUGUAUUUUAUAACAAUUGUUCUUAUUCAAUUCCAGAUAGAGAGGGGGCUAAGCCACCAAUUUCAGCUCCAGGUCUGAGCUUCCUUAAAGUUUAAGGGUAUUUGGAUCUGCUGGUUUGGUUUAGGCCCAUAUUUGGUUGUAAAUACGAAUUGGCAACCACUGUAGCUUCCUAAUAAUUCAUCCACUAUUUACAAUGCCUUACAUUAAAUAAAGGGCAGGCUCUGGGAAAACCCCUGUGGAGGUAGAGUUUGAAUAUGGGUUUUUUCCAGGACCCAUUCCUGUGAGUUACAGAGUGCCUGAGGGUGCUCAGCAUCUUGCACAAGCUGCUCAGCAUAUCUCAGUUUCAGGCGUUUGUGCUUAACCAACUCUGCGGGCAAUGAGCAAGUCGAACGUCUGACCUCUACUGGCAGCAGUAGGAAGAUGUGAAAACAGUGACUUGUGUAGGGUGGACUGUUAAGUAAUUUGGAACACUGCCCACAGAGCAAUUACCCCACCAUCAGAAAUUUGAGUAUCUCCAGAAACUGCCAUGACAAUAUCAACCACUCUAUAAGGUAACAGAACAAGUGUGAAAGUUUUUGUAUUUUUUAUUGGUUUGGGCUAAAUAGUAUAUCAAAGGGAAGUAGGAGGGGCAGAAACCAUCCUUGAAGGAAGGAAUGCCUAGAAGGAAGGAAUGCCCCAGCUGUUUUAGAAAUGAAAGUAUAAUCUGCAACUGAAGAAACUGUCAACCCAGCAUCGAUUUGACAUUGCAGCUGCUCUGGGAUUUUAUUGGAGCAGAGUAAAAGGAACUUUUGGUAUAGCAAAACAAAACUGAAAUCCCCAAGCAAUAAGAAACCAGACAAUACAACUGCACGGGAGCUGCAAGACAGAGGAUUGGGAAACUAUGGCCGCCUUACUGCUUUGUGCUCCCUUCAGAGGAGGAGCAGAUUGUGUGAUCAUGGAGGAGACAGUGGAGUCCAGGGAUCCAAGAGAAAAGGAAGCAUUAGUCAGAGCUAUCUCUCUGUGGUUCUGCCAGCCUAGCCCUGUCCUUGGCAGCACAGCUCCUUUUGGAGCCAUACUGCUCCUCACUCCAUUGUUCAUGCCUGGGGCUAGUACCCCCUCACCAAAGACAGCGUAAGCAUGGGAGCUCAUGUUCCUAGGAGCAGUAUUAUCCAAAUGGUAUUUGCCAUGCCAAGGAGACUGAGGGCUGGUCCACCCAUCCGCUUCUCCUGCCUGCGGUAUCAUCGCCCCGACACAGAUCCUAAUGAGCGCCCCUUCCUAGCUGCCGAUCAGGACUGCUCUGAGGGGAAUCCAGGCCUCUGUGCUCUGAAUGCCCUGGGGUGCAUUAAGCUCCUGGAACCUCAAUGGAGUCCUGCCGCUGCCCCAAUCUUGUGGUCCCUAGUCACGCGCUCAGGCCGUAGACCUUCUAACCGGCACCCCCUCUGAGUGCUUUAACCUGCCAUGCAACUGCCUAGCCCUCCUAGGUCCAGUGCUAACCCUUCAGUACUCCCCUCUCUCAGACCUCCACCAAAAGGGUGUGAAGCUUCUGGUUUACAGUUUAACUCCCUCAGGGGCACCCAGCAGUUGUAAACGGUCAACGCACACACUUUGUUCAGUUACUCGACUUUAUGCUCUUUAUUUAACAGAUAAAGCACAGGAGAGUACCUCUCAUACAAAACAAUGACACCUUCCUACAUGCUAUGUCUCACUAGCUCACCCUUCCCGUGCGUGUUCUUGAGGGAUCAGAUGUGUUUUGUCAGGCAGGCAGCGUCCUCUGGCCCCUUGCCUACCUUGCAGCCGCAGCCUCCCUCAUCUUAAACUAGUGCAAAAUGGUUCUCUUUCUCUUCUCUCUUAUACUAGCACUGGUGCUCCUGGUCUGCUAUCUCUUGAUCCCAGUCUUCUGGCGGCUGUGUUUCUUCUCCAGCUGCAGCUUCUGCUCUAGCUGUUGAGCGGUCCACGGUUCCUGUUGCCGUGGUGUACUCAGUCUGGACGGAAUGUGGGGCUGCCUCUGUCAGGCUCUUCCUUGUUUGUCAGGGUGGGGAACCUCAACCCAUAGUUGGGGCAGCAAAUCCUUUGGGAGACAUUAUAAAAGGUAAGGGCAAAAAUGCCAUUUACAGACUCAGCCUGUCCAGGAAUUAAGACAGUGCACUCCCCUAGGCUGCUGGCGGGCACCUUAGUUAUACCCACUUCUUUAGGGGGAGAUGUGACAGCUAAGGCAAUUUCGUGCAAUAUCCUGGACAAACCAUAUUGAAUUAAGUUUAUGCAUCGUUGUGGGCCAAGGAUUGUAUGUAAAUCCACGGGGGAGGGAGAUCACAGCCCUCCAAAAACUAAGAAGAGUGGGGGUGGGUAAGCAAAUUCAUUCAGGUUGUAACAUGUCCAGAGAGCUACCACCACCUGGAGGGAGGCUUGCAUACACUAGUUCACACUGGAUUCUGCAGGGACCAACAAAGAAAGGAGUUUUGAGUAAAUAGCUGAGUUAAAACUGACUCAAGGCUUUCAUUCUGAUCCAGCAAAUGGGCAAGACCUUUGGUCUAAGGCAUGCUGCCAAUCCUUUCUGAGAAGGGCUGGAAAGACUUGUCUGUUCUGUGUUCUUGUUCUGAGCUGUAGGGGUUAUGAACUUGUAACCACAAGAAAACUCCUUGGUGUGGUUUGAAGGACUGUUCACCUGCCAGAGUCCUUGGAGUCAGGGGGUGAUCUCUGGUAAGCUUAGUAUGCAGGUAGGUUCUUUUAUUGUUUUUAAUGUUUUCUCUAUCAUGCUUUUUCCUUAAGAGUAAAUAUGCUUGCGUAGGAAGAGCUGUCUGUUAACUUAACUGUGGCAAUUACACUGUUUACUGUUUCUGAGGAGAAAAGUAAAGCAGGCCUGCUUAGGCUGUCUGACUUUGCUGGACUAUAAGCAGGGAGCUGAAUAGCCUGAAAAUACCUCAGUCAGGAGUGGGAGAGAUGCGUGUCUCAGCCCAAGAGAAGCAACAGCUGGGGAUCCAGAAACCUAUGAGUUGAUGCCUUUGCUGGACCAUAGAAGGGAAAUACAUGUGCUGUUGCCCUGAAUUGUGACAUCCCUCAUCCCAUCUCUAAUUAUGGCACUUCUCCCCCAUAAUAUCAGGGCAGUGAGGCUUCCACAAACACCAGCGUGGGUUGCUGUCCUCCCUUUUGUGUGUUUCCUUGAUCCAGUUCCCAUCUGCACAGGGCCCUAACUGAGUUUAUACAUUCAGGAGAUGGAAACAGAGAUAGAAAGAAGGGGCUCGGGCACGCUCACAUUAUCUUAAAAAACUGUGUUUGUGUGUUCUGACCCACAGGGCAGGCCCAAUGGCAUUUCUGUGUUUGGAGAAGCCACGUUUUAUAUUGGGGCUUCUUCCUCUCUUUCUCCCUUGAACAUGGAAUCUAGAUUUGGAGUUGUGCUGGUUUUGAUCUUGGCAGCUGCAUCAUCAUCUACCCAGAAGAACUGUAUCUGUGCAACCAACAGACGGGCUCUAUGCACUGAAGACACAUCUGGGAACUGCUUCUGCACGUUGGUGGGUUCAAGUCAAAGGGUGAAUUGUUCAGUGUUGACUUCAAAAUGCCUACUGAUGAAGGCAGAAAUGAGCUCCGCAAAGGGCAGGCGCUUCUCUAAACCUGAGCAUGGCUUUUUAGACAAUGAUGGAGUUUACAAUCCAGACUGUGAGAACAGUGGUAUCUUCAAAGCCAGGCAGUGCAAUCAGACUGACACCUGCUGGUGCGUGAACUCUGCUGGGGUGAGAAGAACUGAUAAGGGUGACAAAAACCUAAAAUGCAGUGAACUAGUCAGAACUAACUGGAUCUUCAUCAAACUGAAACACAAGGAGAGGUCUAAAGCUUUCCAUGCUUCUGAAGUGGCAAAUGGUCUGAGACAAAUCAUUCAGAACAGAUACAAGCUGCAUCCAAAGUACAUCACUGCCAUUGAGUAUGAAUACCCAUUCAUCCAUAUUGACCUGAAGCAAAAUGCUUCCCAGAAAUCCAACGGAGAUGUCGAUAUAGCUGAUGUGGCUUAUUACUUUGAAAAAGAUGUUAAACUUGACUCCAUAUUUCACCGUAGUAAUGCGUUCAACCUCUCCGUUAACGGAGAGCCUUUGGAUGUGGAAGGAAUUUUAAUUUACUAUGUGGAUGAAAAGCCACCAGAGUUUUCUAUGAAACGUCUGACUGCUGGCGUUAUUGCUGUGUUGGCAGUAGUGAUAUUGACUAUUAUUGCUGGGAUUACUGUACUGGUUAUUACCAGGAGGCGGACCGGGAAGUAUGAGAAGGUCGAGAUCAAGGAGAUGGGUGAAAUGAGACGAGGACAGAACUCAUAGCUGCCUUAAUCUGAAGACAGAAAUUAAGACUUUGAUGAGAAGGAAGCAGAAAUGGGAAGAUUAUUCAAUGUUUGUGUGGGGAUGCUGGGGUAUUUUUUAUUUCUAGUUUUAAAACAAUGGUUUUCUAAAAUCCUAAAUGAGCUUAGAUUAGUAAAGUGGUAUUAACUAGUAUAAAUUAAUUUGAGAGUUGAUUAUCAAAAUCACCUGAAAAGAAAAGAUGAGCAUCUUAGCCCAAAGUUUUCCAAUUGUACAGUUGUAUUUUUAAGGGGACAAGAAAGUUAUUUGUACUUCCUAGCUAUUUAGCGUAAUUUAUAAUACCUACAUUUGUAUUACUAAAGAGCCUGUUAAACUUGUUUAAACAUUUUAUGAGGACUUUUUUUUGCACAAUCAGGUGCUGAAGCUUGAAUAUGUGCUGUCUGACUCACUUGUAUAAUUAGGGUUGGCUUUCUGUUUUCAAUGACAUUUUUAAAGUUACUAUCUUUGAUGAAGUUGCUGGAACUUUUUUGUUUUCACCAACUUUAAACUUAAUAAAUUCCACCCAAAACAAAA